AUGAAAAUUGAUAUAACCAAGAUCAAGAAGGGUACUUCUGAAGUGCCUCCUGAAUGCCAAGCUAUAAUACAAAAAUUAAAAGCAUGUUACCAAGAUAACAACAAUGAAAAUUUACUGCAAGAGCUGCAGCAAACAUCAUCCUGGACUUCUGGAAAAUGCGAAUUAUUUCAUUGGGUGGAUGUUCUUAAUAUAUUUGAUGACAUCCUUGAACAUGGCGCACGACGUGUUACUCCAGGUCUAUGGAGUUUGGCAGCUGAUACUUACAACAAAAAAGUAAAUUUGUAUCUUCUUUUGGAAGUACUCAGGUUUACUACAUUAUUGAUUGAAAAUUCAUUUAGUCGGCAUUUAUAUAAUUCAAUGGAACAUUUAUUAGUUUUAAUGGGGUCAAGCAAUUUGGAAAUUUUAAAUGGAGUUCUUAGUUUGCUUUACAUGUUUAGUAAAAGAAGUAAUUUCAUUCCCAGAUUGCAGCAAGACUCCAAAUCAGCAUUAUUAAAAUAUCUUAUGUAUUUAGCUGAAAGUUGGGGAGGUUGGGAAAAUGGUUUCGGCUUGGCUUCCUGUUGCCAGGAAGUUUUAAAGCCUGAACUACGGGAAUCUGCUACAACUUUACAUUUUGAAUACUAUGAUGACACUCCAAACCAUAAAAAUAAAGUAACGACUAUACAUAUUGAAAAUAUAGAUAAAAUAGAUAAGAGUUUAUCCAGUAUUAUGGAUGAAUUAAUAGAAACUUACGACGUUAUAGAAAGUCAAAGAAUGGUGCUUUUUACUCAACUUAGAUUGGCUCAUGGUUUUUCUGAUUAUAAAAGAAGGUUGUUAUGUGUUCAAGCUAGAUUACAAGCAAUAUCGGUUUUAGUAUAUUCUAAUGGGCUUCAAGAUAACACCCAUCAAGCUGUUAUUUAUAAUGGCCUAUUAGAAGAAUUAGUGGAAUUAUUAGAAUUAUCUGCUCCUGAAUUGGUAGAUAUAAGAGCUGCCGCUCUUUUAACUUUAACGUCCGUCAUACAUUUGGAUCGAAAUCCUCAUUUCCCUAAAAAACCUGGAUCACGACUUUUAACAAUCAUUGACGUUACUGGUGCUUCAAAUUAUCAUGGACAACUUCCGUCCAUGGUGAGAACUUCCAGGGCUUACGGAGCAUCGUUGCAGUCUUUUCCCUUACCUUUGGCUACAGCUUUGUUUAGUUUUCUAUAUCAUUUAGCAAGUUACGAAGCAGGAGGUGAAGCUUUGGUUUCUUGUGGAAUGAUGGAAAGCUUACUUAAAGUUAUAAACUGGCCUGGUGAAGAUUUGGAUCAAAUUACGUUUGUAACCAGAGCGGUUAGAGUAAUUGAUUUGAUUGCAAAUAUCGACAUGAGCGCAUUUCAAGCUCACCAAGGUUUAGUUAGCUUUAUUAACAGAUUGGAAUUAGAAGUAAAUAUAUGUCGGAAAGAACAGCCUUUUGAAAUUAAAAUUCCUGGGACAAAUGAAUCCUCUGUUGAUUAUAGUGGUAAUCGUUGGCAAGACGCUAAAACUGGGAAAUCUUGCUUGCCACAAAGAGCUGGUUUAAUUAAAUCAAUUUUGAAUUUUCUAAAAAAAGCUAUACAAGAUCAGGCAUUGAGCGAAUCUAUGAGAACAGUCAUGGAGGGAAGUUUACCUUCAUCUUUAAAACAUGUUAUUAGUAAUUCCGAUUACUACGGUCCUAAUUUAUUUUUGUUGGCCACUGAUGUUGUUACUGUAUACAUAUUUCAAGAGCCAUCUCUCCUGUCUACAUUGCAGGAUAAUUAUUUAACAGACGUUGUUCUUCAAGCUAUGCUAGUCAAAGAAGUUCCAGCUACGAGAGAAGUAUUAGCAUCAUUACCUAAUGUUAUUAGUGCUCUUUGCCUAAAUUCUCGAGGUUUAGCUCAAUUUAAACAAUUUCACUCAUUUGACCACCUUUGUGAAAUUUUCGUUCAUCCCUUAUAUUUGCCUGCUAUGAGAAGGAGAAGAAGUAAUGAUCCAUUGGGAGACACAGCUACAACUCUAGGAAAUGCUAUGGAUGAACUGAUGCGUCAUCAUCCGGAUUUAAAAACUGAAGCAAUGAAAGCAGUAAUAAAUUUACUUGAUGAGAUAUAUGUUUAUGGUACAAGUCCGCAAUAUACUUGCGAAAGUUACACCAGUAAAAAAACAUCAACAAGUCCCGACCCACCUGUGACUAACAACACCGACGGAGGAGCUUCAAGCGACGAGGAAGAAGAUGAAGAUAAAGAAGCACCUGCUACAUCUUAUUAUGUCCGAGUGGGUGCCACUCAGGGCAAACCACACAUACCUAUUCCUUUAAUAGAUUACAUUCAUAAUGUAAUGAAAUUCGUUGGAGCUAUUUUAAGUAAUAAUUCUACUGAGGAUCAUUGCAAGGAGUUUGUCGCUUUAGGAGGAUUAAAAUACGUAGUAAAAUUGUUGUCUAUGCCAAAUUUACCUGCUGAUUAUGCUGUUACUCCAGCAGCACAAGCUGUGGCAAAUGUUUGUAAAUCAAUUCUUAGCUUAGCACGAGAACCUAAAGUUUUGGAAGAAGGCCUUAAAGAACUUCAACAAGUCUUAACACGUUUAGAACCCUUAACAGAUCAUUCCUCGGGAAAAUGUGUUUUACUUCAUGAGUUGGCAAUGGUGCCCGAUUUAGAUAAUGCCUUGUAUUCAUAUUCAGCUACUCCUUUGCUACAUUCAAUGGCAGCCACGCAUGGUUUUGUCAUUAUGUUUGUGCACGUAUGCCGUACAGGGCAAUCAGAAAUGAGAAACACAUCAAUAUUUACUUGGGGAUCCGCUCUGGGACUUGACAUUCUACAAAAGUUGUCUAAAUUGUAUACUUCAUUGGUUUGGGAAAGUACAUUAUUGUUGGCACUUUGCAGUGACGACGUAAUACCAUCGGAUUGCGACUUUGGACAACAAGAUUUGAAUUUACUUUUGCCACAAAAAGAAGGCAGGUUAAUUCGUACCACAACGGAAGCUAUGAACACUAUGAAGGUUGAAUCUCCUUCUUCUGAUAAUAAUACAGAAGGAGCUAUAUUUCCUAUUUCAUCGAAAACAAAAUCCACUCGCAUAGCGCCUACACCCGAACAAUUGAAGCAUUUAAAAUUAUUGUUGGGUGCUGCUUCGAGAUUAGGAAGAGCAUUGGCAGAACUCUUUGGGCUUCUUGUUAAAUUAUGUGUAGGCUCUCCUAAAAGAAGAGUGACUUUUCAAUCAGCUUUCUACUGUCCAGCUGUGGGAGCUACUGAUGUCGCCAAAGCUAUGUCUAAUUUAUUGGCAAGAGGAUUAAAUUGGAAUUUAGUUCCUCCAGCUCCUCUAGAAAAAUUCAAAUUGACUUAUUUAAUAUGUUCUGUUGGUUUUACUUCUCCAAUGUUGUUUGACGAUAAAAAGCAGCCCUAUCAUAUGAUACUGCAUUAUUUUGGAAAUCCCUCCGGUCUGAUGGCAUUCUUUGAUUCUAUGUAUCACGCACUUGCCGGCGAUGGUUCUGCAGAAGGUGACAAAGAAACUGGCAAAAAAGAAUUCCCAGAAGGAACAGGCGAAUUUUUAGAUGCGUGGUUAAUGUUGUUAGAAAAAAUGACAAAUCCAAAAAUGAUAUUAGAUUCUCCUAAUGUUUUUGUUCAAGAGCACAAAGUUGAAAACACUCCCGUGUUGGAGUUUUGUCCUUACCGAUAUUUAGUAAAAAUUCAUAGAAUGGCAUUUAGUGCCGUAAUGGAAAUGUGGUGCAGAAAACCUUUAAAAGGUUACGGUUUCAGAAUGACAGACAGCAUGUUGCGCAUUUUGAAGCAUAUUUUGGUCGGUGAAAAGAUUUUACAAGAGCGUUUAGAAGAAGCAUCUGCCAAGCAAAUAAGAAGCAUUUCUUUUCGCGGCUUUGCAAGCAGCACACCAAAUUCUCAUUCCCAAGUAAAUGAAACUUUAAUUUCGCAGCUUUGCGACAUGGGAUUUUUGAGAGAUGCUGCCAUUGAAGCAUUAUCACAAUCGCGUAGUAUUGAAAUGGCUAUUGGAUAUUUACAGAAUUUGUCAGAAGUUUUAGGUUCAACUUCAAGAGAAACAUCAAAUUCUAAUUUGCCGCGAAAUAAUGCAGCUGCAAGUGGUAGUUCUUCCACUAGCCAAACUCAACCAUCACAUUCUGAAUCUGGAAAAACAAGGAAAAAAUGGAGAUGUGAAAUGCCACUUGCGGAACGCGAGGCAGAGACUAUGAACGAUAUUAAGAAGUAUCAACUGUCAAAAGAAACAAUGAGUAAAUUUACUGAAAAUGCAUUAGCUCAGUGUCUUGAAGUUUUAGAAAAUCUUCCGGAAACUGUGUACAGAGUUUCAGAUUUACUUAUGGUCAUUAGUGAUAGAAAUGGAUUUUCGUGGUGUGAAAAUAUGUUGGAAGCUUUGUGCAAAGACAUUUCCGUUCAAGUAAUAGGAAUGCUUAAAGAAAUCAAAACUGGACCCAUUACAUUAGGAAAAGUUCACAAAACUUUAUUAGAUUCAUUAGCAUCUAGAAAAAUUUCUGUCCGGCUUCAUUUACUAACUCUUCUUUUUGACGAUCUACGAUUUGCUUGUGUUAGAGCAUUAUCACAUACUUGUCUCAUUUGUUUUUUAAUUCAAUUAUUAGAAAUUCACGUCAAGUACGUAGAUGUGCAAACGCCUUUAGGCUGUACAAAAUGUUUAGUAACACCAAAAUGGUUGGCUCCCCUUUUACUCUUGCUCGACUUGUACGAAAAGACUGCUGUAUACACUCAAAGAAUGCAUGAAAUGCACAAAGCUUGUACCGGAAUAUGGAAAUGGUUUCAGUUAAAAACUGGAAAAUGGACACACUACACAUCUCAAACAAACAAAUUAAUUAACUUGGCUUAUUGGAGUGGCGCACCAGGAUGUCGCGUUACCGUUGGAGAAACUAGAAGAAAAUACCACAUUAAUUUUAAUACACUUUUACAAAUUAAUGAAGAUACAAAUAGAGGUUUGCCGAUUACGAUGAUUUUAAAACAGCCUGACCAAGAUGGUUUGGCUGCAGAAAUGACGGGUAACGAAUGUGACAAAGAAAAAAGUAAAGAGUAUGAAUCAAUUUAUAACCAAGCUCACAAUAGAUCUCAACAUCCGAUUCCUUCGAUUAACGAAUCCGAUAGAUACGUUCUUAUUCAAGCUUGUGUUAAAUUAAUUCAAAUCCCUGUAGAUCCAGAUGCGCUUCACGCAUUAAUGAGACUCACGCUACGACUUACCAGAGAUUAUUCUUUAGCUAAAUUUUUCGCUGAAAAGGGAGGAGUUACGGCUUUGCUUGAUUUAGAGCAAGAUUCAAACUUCACCGGAUUCAGCAGUUUAGCAACUCUGAUACUUCGACAUGUAAUGGAGGAUCCGACGACUUUAAGAAACGCUAUAGAAAGAUCUAUUCGAUCUAGAAUUAAUAGUGAAAUUCAACCAUCGUUUUUUAGAGAACUCUUAUUCAUCAUGAGGCAUUUGGAGGCUGCCAUAUGCAGAAACCCAGAACUUUUUUUUGAAAUCGCUCAAAAAGUUCUUCAAAUAGAGUACUGUGAUAGUUUUGAAGGGCGUUACAUAUUAAAAUAUGUUCGAAAAACGGACAGAGCAGCCAAUGAAGACACUUCCAUUGACAAAACUGCCAUUGGCCUCGUUCGUGCUUUAUUAGAUCAAUUGGUUGUACCUGAUGAAUAUCUAUUGAAAUCUUAUUCGGAAGGUGGCACAACUGAAAAUAACAAACCUUCAAAAGAAACAGUACAAAGUCAUACGCAAAACAAACUUUUCACAUCUCAACUGGAUACGUUUUCAACCGUUUUUGGAAAUAAAAAACCGGUAGAAAAUGUUGACAAAGAAAAGAAAGAAUUCAACGAAGAGAAAAAAUCAAAGAAAUUACUUUCGAAAUCGGUUAUUUUAUCCGUGUUAACCGAUGCUGUAAAAUCUUAUCCCGGAUUUUCUAAACUUAUCAUGGAUCACGUUUACGAAGCCGAUGCUGACAAUCCUGUUUUAACAGAAGACAUGACCGCAAUAAGAUUUAUAUUAGAAAAAUUUGUAUUACUCCCUGGAGUUGACAAAGAAUCUUUGGAAAUAUCUGCUGAAGCUCGAUUACUUCUCGGAGCCGUGGGUGCUUGCAAUUAUUCUAUUGCUAUUCAAUCUGCUUUAGUUAUAGAAGUCAAAAACUGUAUUCAACGGAUAGUCAAUGCUCAUUAUGAUGAUACAAAAAAGAAAUAUACGGAUGUUUCAUGCAUUCUCAGUCUGAUUUCUGACAUGAUGGCCAUGUGUCCGCCCGUUAGCUGGUUGUCUUUUGUAAAUAAUUCGUUUGUCAAAAUGAAAAACAAUGUGUCUUAUUUAUCAAAUAUCUCGAAACUAUUUACAAGGAAGGGUUUAAUAAAUGAGUUGGCUAGAUUGCCACACAACUUAGAUUUGUCAAAUCCUAAUUUUGUUUUGGCCAUGAACGCUGCGUUGAAACCGUUGGAAACUCUAACUAAAUUAGCCAACGAUCGGGGCAAUCGCUCGCAUAGCAUGGAAACUUUUAAAUUCGGAAGUAGAGGAAAUACAUCGAGUAGACCCGUCCAAGAAGCAGAUCCAACGUUGACUAAUAGCUCGGAAACCACUUCCGGGAAUACAAAUGCACAAGGAGAAGAAACAAAUGAAGAUGCUGAAAAUACCGAAAAUGAUUUAUCCGCCGCUGCGGAAAGCUUGGAACCGGUUUCCGAUAGUCAAGUCAACGAUGACAUAACCGAUAUAGGAGAAAUCGUUUUAGAAGACCAAAAUAUCGACAGGUAUUCUAAUUGCAUAAAUUUUAUAAUUUUUUUAAUUACACUAGACACCGAUAGAAACAAUUCAAUGCACAUGGAUGAAAUUGUUAUUUCUCAAGACAGAGAAACUGUUGAGAUGGUGCAUGGUCUGAUGACCGAACUUCAACCUUCCAAUCAGGAACAGUUAACCGAUCCUGACGAUCCGGAUAAUUUGGAAGAAGAUCAAUACGGAGAUGAGCAAAUGGAAGAGGAUAAUAAUGAAGUUGAUGAAGGUGGUUACAAUAACGAAAACGACGAUCCAGACGAUGACUUUUUAAUGGACACAACCAUUUUUAGUCGAGCUGAGCAUAUAAUGAACGAUUUGUUUUUCGUUCAAUACCCAAGUAAUGAAAACGAAACUUUGGGAUCCUUUAACGAGUUAUACAAUGAUGAUUCUUCUCUCAGGCCAGAGGAACCAGUACUUCAAAAUCCGCCUCCGAUAUAUCAUCCGCUUUUGGUUCGACGAAAUAGAGAAGAUACGGUUCCAUUAAGAAAUCUUCGAAAUCGUCCUCGUAGAUUUAGAUUCUUUCAAUUAAAUCCCAGAAGCACGUCAACGAAUAGACCGGAUAUUUUGCAAAAGUAUGUCUUUAAUAAAUAUAAAGUUUUUUCGCUUGCUGUUUUCCCGAAGACGUUAUCACCGGGAGGAGAUCAAGACACUCAUAAUUCCGGUAAUCAUCAUUUUCGAAACAGUAAUUUGGUAUUCAUGGAAAAUGGUUUUGGAAUGCUUACUCGUCCAGACGAAGGAAACAUUGAUUUUUUGGAUCAAUCGAUGGAGUCUUUCGGUCAACAUUUCACGGCAAGCACUCAAAGUGUUUGUUACGUUCGAUGGGCGAGCGAAAUGAAAAUUUUAGAUGCUGAUUCUGCUGCAAUGGCAGCAACCGUCUUAAGUUACCGUUUAAGAGGAUCUUUAGAAAUGCAUAAAGACGAAGGAAAAGUUAAACAAAAAUCCAACAGAACUGAGGAUAUAUUACCGGUACAAGAAAGUACGCGUCUUCUUCAAGAAUCAACUUCACCUUCCGAGGAUAGGACAGUUACCGAUUCAAAUGUUAUCGAAUCGGAUCAAGUCGCUGAAUCCGGUGGAGAAUCUAACCUUCAAGAUGCAUUUACUUCUUACUUCAUGUUUGAAGAUGACGAAAGAGCUCCAACCGAUGAAGGUUUACCGUUAAGACGCAUACCAGGUUCGGUCAGCAUUGCGCCUUCUAUUGUACCUCCUCCUGCUGUAUAUCCUUUACUGUCUUCUUCAUUACCUCUGCCAGAGGUUGAUCAUUCUUUAGAAAUAUCAUCAAAUGCAAAUCAGGAGGAAGAACAAGGGAACAAUACGUUGGCUUCAACUUCAAACGAUCAGUUUGAAACGAAUGCACCUAAUAAUACUGAAAAUGUUAAUUGUAAUAAUUCUCAAUCAGUCGCAGAAAAUCAAAAUGAAAUAAAUAACAGUGAAAGUACUGAUCGUACGAAUCAGUUAUUCCCGGAUUUUCUUCCAUCUAUUUUCGGACAGAAUUCUGAGGUUCCAGAUCAAUCGGCUUCAUCAUCUCAAGCAUUUCCUCCUUCUAGCGAAGGAAUACAAAAUGCAACGCCAACAAUAAUUGAGGAAAAUGAAUCUGCAGAUGGAAAUGCUACGACAUCCAAUGCAGAAAAUUCUAACAAUGAGAAUGCAUCACCGGUGCCGCUCGAUCCUGAGGAAAUGAUACAAUUAUAUCCGAAUGGAAGGGCUACCUAUCGUGGAAUAUCUAUUCCUGCGGGGUUGGAUCCUUCUUUUUUGGCUGCUUUGCCGUCGGAAAUGAGAGAAGAAGUUUUUUCAAAUCAUUUACGACAACAAAGCAUUCAAAGAUCAGGUACAUUAAACUUUGUUUCGAAUUCAAACACUCCACUCUCCAAUACCGAUGAAGUAAACCCAGAAUUUUUGGCAGCAUUGCCUUUAAAUAUUCAGGAAGAGGUGUUAGCUCAACAACGGCAAGAAAGACAAAGACAGGUUGCAGCAUCCACCAAUCACAAUGAUCCGUUUGAUGCUGCAGCUUUCUUUCAAAAUCUUCCUCUCUCUCUCAGGCAAUCGAUAUUAGCCGAUAUAGAAGAAUCUCAAAUAUCGGUUUUGCCACCGGAUUUAGCUGCAGAAGCACACAAUUUGAGAAGAGAGCACGAUGCACGUAACCGACAAUACUUUCAAGAACGUGAACGUAUUUUAAGCCAUAAUACCCUUUCUUCUAUAUUAAGAGGUACAGGACCUCGUGGUACAAGAGUAGCCAUUCAUGGAGUUCCUUCGAUUAGAAGUCAGUGGGGUAUAUCGUCUAUAAGCAGAGGAAGCGAAAGUGGUGGUAUCGACCCUCCUUUUGAAUCGAUAGGGCGUCAAUUGUUGGAUCAAGAAGCUGUGAGCACGUUGCUCCUUUUGCUGUUUGUUCAAGAUUUUCGCCUUAAUAUUGGUCGAUUACACCGUGUUAUUAGAAAUUUAUGUUGUCAUCCUCCAACAAGGGAUUUUGUCAGUAGGACGUUAAUAUCAAUCAUGGAAAAAUGUAACGAAAGUAGAUGCAAUUUAAGUUUAGUGAAUUCAAGGCAAUCUAGUCCUAAAAGGAAAAUGCCUCGAUCUUCGGGUCAUCAUUCUCAUUUUUCUAAAAAUUCAGACGUGGAAGUAGCAAAUCCAACGUCAGACCCGGAACCAGCAUGGCUAAACUUGAGUAUGGAUGCUGCUUUGGGUUGUAGAGCCAACGUAUUUCAGGUUCAGUUAAAGAGAUAUGGGAAGAGAAGUCUGGAUAAUUAUCUGGCUUACAGUGUUUCCAUUCAUCCUCAAGCAGCUCCUAUUGUAUUUAGAAAUGCUAUAGAUUUACUCUAUACCUUAACCAAAGUAUUUCAAAAUGAAUUUUUGCCAAAAAAGCCAAAGGACACGGAUAAAAUAGAAGAUUUAGCCGUAGUUAAAAAGCCUAUUUGUACCGGGUUCUGGGAUAUUUUAGUUCGUUUGGAAAAUCUCAAUAGCGGAAAAUCUUCGAAGAAAGGAAAAAGCGCGCUCAAAAAUCAAACGUCGACGCCAUUUAACGAAGUUGAACCCAGGUCACCCUCUUUUGACAAAUCACUCAUGGGUCAUUUGGUGACCAUGUUGACUUAUCCGUUAGUUAAAACGAGCACUCAACUCACCGAUAAACUUCUUCAUAUCUUGAAUUUAUUGGAUGAAGAAGAAGCCGUACCCGUGACCGAAGAACAUUUGAAAAUUAUUGUAAAUGUUUUGACAUCGAAUGGCUGUUCGGAAAAUGGAUUGGAACAAGCUACUAGCCUUUUGAUCAGAAUGAGCAAUUGUCCAGAUCCUACACGCCUAACAAGUUUAAGGUUAUUAAUUUCCGGUGCGCAAGAAGUUGCAGCUUUAGUAAAACAACACAUUGAAGCUCUUUUGAAUGAAUUGAUCGAAGCCAACGCGAAAGCUAAAUCGGAUCUUGAAUUAGAAGUGGAAAUGAAGGAAAGUCACAGAAAGGGACAAAUUCAAGACAGCAAAGUCAAAGGUGGUUUUGAUAUUCAGUUGCCUUCCAUGCAACCUUUAAUAUCGAAAACGUCAAGUCAAUCGUUUUUCCUAAGAAUUUUGAAAGUAAUCAUUCAACUGAGAGAAGUUUUAGUUAUAAGAAGAAAACUAGAAACUGAUCAACGUAAAGAAAACAAGGAAAAGAAAAUAAAUUCUGAUAAUCAAUCGGCUUCUAACAAUUUACCCGAACAAGGAGAAACUUCUGGUGGUCGAGUUGGUGCUAUGAGUAGUGUGAUGGAAACGGAAGAAAAUCCCGUUCCUGCAUACAAUCCCAGUAAGUAUUUUUGUAAGUUACCCUCACGCGUUUUUAACCUAAUUUAUAAUAUUAAAAUUUUUCCAGGCGAAAAUAAUGAAAACGGUUCUCGAUCGGCUGCAAGUUCAAUGAGCGUAGAUCUUGAACUAUUUGAAACGAGCGGUCAAAAUGCCGAAGAAAUCGGCGACAGAGAAGACUCCAUAAAUCAAACUAUUAUUGAAAAUACCACCACUAUUCAGCCUAGUGAACGAGACAACGAUACGAAAAUAAAUAAGCCAUCCGAAUCCUACGGAACGAUGGAAACUGACGCGGAAAAAGAAUCGGAAGAAGCCAAAAGUGAAAAUAAAGAAAAUGUAUCUUUCCAAAUACCAUCGUUAACAAAACAAUUACAAUUGGAUGACCUUUGGAUUAUUCUCAGCGAAUGUUUGACGGAGUUGGAAAAAACUCCCGAUCAUCAUGCGGCUCUCAUACUUCAGCCUGCUGUCGAAGCAUUCUUUUUGGUUCAUUCUACGGCAAUUAAUGAAAAUCGCACAGUUGCCAAUGCUGGCAUAUCGGUCCCUGUUUUACCCAGGCGUAACAGAAGCAACGGUCCUCUGCCUUUGGCACCCAUCCUUCCUGGAAUUCACUUUGCCGUGAGCGACAUAUUAGAGAUACCCGAUCCGUCUCCGAAUGCCAUGGUAUCCUUUUUGCGAUUCGCAGAACUUCAUAGAGCUGUGUUAAACCAAAUAUUACGGCAAUCCACGACUCAUCUUCCGGAUGGCCCGUUUGCCAUUCUUGUUAAUUUUACAAGAGUUUUGGACUUUGACGUUAAAAGAAAAUAUUUCCGUCAGGAAUUGGAAAAAAUGCACGACGGUUCGAGGAGAGGAGACGAAACGGCCGUUAACGUUAAUCGUAGUCACGUUUUUGAAGAAUCGUUUAGGGAACUUCAUAGGAAAUCCCCGGAUGAAUGGAAAAACAAAUUUUACGUCGUUUUCGAACACGAAGAAGGUCAAGAUGCCGGAGGCCUCCUCAGAGAAUGGUACAUGAUUAUAUCUCGAGAGAUAUUUAAUCCUGAUUACGCUUUGUUCACCGUUUCUCCUGGUGAUAGAGUGACGUAUACGAUUAAUCCGUCGUCUCAUUGCAAUCCAAAUCAUUUAUUAUAUUUCAAAUUCGUGGGGCGUCUCAUAGCGAAAGCCAUUUACGACUCGAAAUAUUUAGAAUGUUAUUUCACUCGAUCAUUUUACAAACACAUUCUCGGCAUACCCGUCAAAUACCAGGAUAUGGAAAGCGAGGAUCCAGAAUUUUACGAGGGACUCGUUUAUUUGAAAAAUCAUAAAGUUUCCGAAUUGGGAAACGAUUUGACGUUCACGACGGACGUUCAAGAAUUCGGUGUGACGGAAUCGAGAGAAUUGAAACCGAACGGUGCCAACAUACCGGUCACGGACGAAAAUAAAAUGGAUUACAUUCAUCUUGUUUGUCAAAUGAAAAUGACCGGAGCCAUUCGCAAACAGUUGGAUGCUUUUCUCGAAGGAUUUUAUGAAAUUAUACCAAAACAUUUAAUAUCGAUAUUUAACGAACAGGAAUUGGAACUUCUUAUAUCUGGCCUACCAAACAUUGACAUUGACGAUCUCAAAAACAACACGGAAUAUAAUAAAUAUUCUAGAAAUUCAAUUCAGAUCGUAUGGUUCUGGAGAGCCUUACGUGAAAUGGAUAAUCAGGAUCAAGCCAAAUUUUUACAAUUUGUAACUGGAACGUCAAAAGUUCCUCUCCAAGGAUUCGCUGCCCUGGAAGGAAUGAAUGGAAUACAAAAAUUUCAAAUACACAGAGAUGACAGGUCCACCGAUAGGCUUCCUAGUGCUCACACGUGUUUUAAUCAACUUGAUCUUCCUGCUUACGAAACGUACACGAAAUUAAAAAAUAAUCUUCUCAAAGCUAUUCACGAAUGUAGCGAAGGUUUCGGAUUCGUUUAA